UUGUUAAGCCUGCCAACAUGCCCCAUGAGAAGAGUUUCUUGGUGACGGGGGAACCCCCUGCCAACCCUGGAUACCCUGGGACAUCUCAGCCUCAAAUGGCCCCUUAUGCUCAACCACCCUACCCUGUGGCCCCUCACCCACCACCCGUCUUUCAGGGUGCUUAUGGCCAACCAGGGUACCCUCAGGGGCCCUACCCUCAAGGGCCCUACCCCCAAGCUCCUUAUCCAACAGGCUAUCCCCACCCACAAGCAGGUUACCCCCAAGGUCCCUACCCACCCAGACCUUAUCCCACCAAUCCUUAUGGACAACCACCGGACUUUCCAGAUCCUAAUUCACCAAGGAGUGGGAACUAUCAUGGGGAAGGGCCCCCAUCCUAUUAUGACAAUCAGGACUUUCCAGUCACAGACUGGGAUGACAAGAACAUCCGGAGGGCAUUUAUUCGAAAGGUGUUCCUGGUCCUUACCCUGCAGCUGACCGUCACCCUCUCCUCUGUGGCUGCAUUUACCUUUGUGGAUGAAGUGAAGAUUUUUGUCCGGAAAAAUGUCUGGACCUACUAUGUCUCCUAUGCAGUCUUCUUUGUUUCUCUUAUUAUCCUUAGUUGUUGUGGAGAAUUUAGACGAAAGCACCCUUGGAACAUCAUUGCCCUGUCCAUCCUGACCCUGAGCUUGUCAUACAUGGUGGGAAUGAUUGCGAGCUUCUAUAAUACGGAUGCUGUCAUCAUGGCUGUGGGCAUCACCACCAUUGUCUGCUUCACUGUGGUCAUCUUCUCCCUUCAGACUCGCUAUGACUUCACCUCCUGUAUGGGGGUCCUCCUGGUGUGCACAGUGGUGCUGCUAAUCUUUGCCAUCCUUUGCAUAUUCAUCCGCAACCGGAUCAUGGAGAUUGUCUAUGCCUCCCUGGGAGCUCUGCUCUUCACCUGUUUCCUGGCAGUGGACACCCAGCUGCUUCUGGGAAACAAGCAGCUGUCUCUGAGCCCCGAGGAAUAUGUGUUUGCUGCCCUGAACCUCUACACAGAUAUAAUCAACAUCUUCCUCUACAUUCUUGCCAUCAUCGGCCGGGCUAAGGAGUAGCCCCGGCUGGGCCCUGCCUGGCCACCUGCCCCUUCCUUCCGUCCCAGCUCUCUUCUCCUUCUCUAACCUCUCUUCUUGCUUCCCUUCUCUUUUCUCUCUCUCCUCAAGUCUGGGUGCUGCUGCCUCAUAGGCGAGGGGCAAGGCAGUCUUGUGCUCUUCCCCUUCUCCUUCCUUAGGGCUGAGGCUGAGGCUCAGGGAGCCCCCUCCCCCUGUAUAUAAAUGUGCAUAUAUUUAUGUUCAAACCACAGCUGAGACUGUUGGCCCUGACUGUGUCCCCAGCACGGCCUCGCCUAACUCCAGAGCUAAUUGGGAAGGAACUGACUGAACCAAUCCCCCUCUCCCUUUACCAUGCUGCAUGAGCCCUGCCCUCUGACUCUGCCAGUUCCCUAAGGUGGGGACAGAUUUCAGGCUUCAGGGAAGAGGAAUGAGCCCAAGAUCUGAGAGUGCACGGCUUCCUUCAGCACUCCCACCCAUUUACCCUUCAGCCUGGCCCAGAGCAGCCCCCUUCCUCCUCCCUCAUCCCCCUGCCCUCCUUCAGAAGAGGGGAACACCCAUCCCCUGGACUGAGCACCAUGGGGAGGGGGGGAACUGGCUGUGUUUCUUCCCUACAGCUACUGUCAAUAAAGCUCUAAUAAAUGUGA